AUGGACAAAUCCCUCGAGGUCCUCAACCCCAAACCCUGGGCCUCUCGCAAACACACCUACACAAGUGAAACCGCCAAAACCCUCGAAUCACUCUCACGCCAAAUCAUGGAAGCAGCCACGGCCCGCGACUGGCAAAACACCCUCUUCACCAAAUACGUAGCCCCCAAAUUCAUCGCCGACUUCGAACACUCUGCCGGACAAGUCCUCGAUAGCUGGCAAGCUUACAUCGAACACCAUGAACGUAUAGCAUCCCAAAACCCAUACUAUGGUUUCGAAGUCUUAAAUACUGCUGCUGAUGUGUAUGAAUUGAGCGGGAAAGCGAUUAUUUAUGUUCUAUUGAAAGGUUUUGGGCAUCCAAAGAACGUGCAGAGGGAGAGUAUUAUGUUGAUGUAUUGGCGGAGGAGAGAGGGGUUGUGGCGUUGUCAUAAGGAAAAGGUUAUAAGGGGGUUGCAUUGGUUGCCGGAGUGUCAGGUGGAAAUGGUUGCUGAGAAUGCCCCAGCAGACUUCGAUGACGACGAGGAUGAGGAUGACGAAGACGUCGCUGAUGGUGAGAAACAGCAAACGACGGGUGCGUGAAGAUGAACAGGGUGGUAUUUUGAGCUUUUCGGAGGUGGCGGAAUUGAUGACAGGCGUUCCAUGAUAGAAACCCGACUGGGAUGUACAGGACCAAAUGG